AUGUUUAGUUGUUUGACUUCCUCAUGCCGAAUUCGUUCCCUGGAAGCCUUGGUGCAGAUUCCUCUUUUCGAGUUGCUGGACCGUCUGGACAGCCAAGUCGUCGAAGAGAUCCACUUACCGGAUUCAGUGACGCACAGCGUCUCUCCCUUCUAUGUGCACUUGCUCCCGACGCGGAAUGUCGAGUCAAACCACGUGCGCACCUUCUUUGAGCUGCACUGCGACAAAGUUUUCAAGGACGUUGUUGCAGAGCAUCGAGGCCUUUUGCGGCCUCUGACCGUUGUGGAGAUCGGAAGCCAUUUGGGAGGCCACUGGCAAGUCAGGGGCUUUUGA